AUGGGUAAUAGUGACUUGUACAAGGGCAAAGUGUUUAAUAGUGAUGAUGAAGCUUAUAAUUGCUAUGUAAAUUUUGCUAAACAAAUUGGUUUCUCAACUAGACGAGAUCGCUAUUUUGGAAGUGCAGAACAUCCUACGGGAAUUUAUAGGAGAGAUUACGUUUGCCAUCGAGCUAGAAGCCCUCGUCCUCAGAAGGUUGUUGAAAAAGAGCGACAACGAGACCGGAAAUCUCCUAGAUGCAAUUGUAAUGCUAAGAUGUGUGUUGCAAAAGAAAUAAUUAAUGGCGUCACUUGUUGGAUAGUGGUGUAUUUUGAUAAUGUCCACAAUCAUGAACUAUUGAAUCAUAAGGAAGUGAAAUUUCUUCCUGCUUAUCGAAAUAUUGACAUUAUUGAUCAAAAGAGGAUUCUACUUCUUGCAAAAGCUGGAUGUUCAAUGAGUUUAAUCCGAAGAGUGCUUGAACUAGAAAAGGGUGUAGAUGUAGGCCAGUUGUUUUUUACGGAAAAAGACAUCAGGAAUUUUGUUCAAUCACAAAGUUCUACCAAUAUUGAAUAUGAUGCUUUGGAGCUAUUAAAAAUUUGUAAGAGUUUGAAAGACAAAGAUGUUGAUUUCCAAUAUGAUUUCACAGUUGAUGCAUGCCAAAGACUUGAAAAUAUCAUUUGGACAUUUGGGGACUCCAUUCGUGCUUAUGAGAUUUUUGGAAAUGUGGUUGUUUUUUAUACUACUUAUCGAUUGAAUCGUUAUGAGAUGCCGCUAGGAGUUUGGGUUGGCGCGAGCAAUCAUGGAAAUACCAUUUUCUUCGGUUGUAGUUUUUUAUGGCUUAUGAAUGGAAAACAUCCACAAACCAUAUUAACUGAUCAAGAUCUUGGUUUAAUAGAAGCGAUCAAACUUCCUCUCACAAAACAUGCCUUUUGUAUAUGGCAUAUUACAUCCAAGUUCUCUACUUGGUUUUCUUUUGUCCUUGGUUCAAGGUAUCUGCAAUUUAAAUAUGAAUUUCGCAGGCUUUAUGAAAUUGGUAGCAUAGAAGAAUUUGAGUGUCAGUGGAAAAAAUUGAUUACUAAAUUCGAUCUUGAAUCAGAUAGGCAUAUCAAAUUGCUUUAUGUAAACCGUGCAUCAUGGGCAUUGCCAUAUUUGAAAGGAUAUUUUUUUGCUGGAAUGACAACAACUGGACGCUCUGAAUCUAUUAAUGCAUAUUUGAAAAGAUUUUUACAUGCAAGAACUAGUUUGAAAGAAUUUGUUGAGCAGGAUGAGAUGAUACUCUCUGUUGAAUAUGGUCUAUUUUCAAAUAGUGAUGGAUCUUAUAUUGUGCGCCACUAUGACAAAACAGAUGGUAGACGUUUUGUCUAUUGGAAUCCAUUAGAAGAGACAUUCUAUUUGAGUACUAAUGCUCAUAACUAUUUCAUGUUGCCAGAGAAGUAUUUGUUGGCUGGAUGGAGGUCCAGACGAGAGCUACGGCUCGCAGCAGAAAAUCCUAUUGAUACUAUUGGUAAUGUUGCUUCUAGUGCGUAUGAUAACUCUGAUACAUAUGAUGGUUCUAGUGCAGAUGAUGGCUCUGGGGUGCCUUGA